UGUCCCUCCUUGUUUGCUAACUUCACUGAUGUCCCUACCCAAGAAGCCACAGAAGCUGCCAAUGAGGGAGCAGGAACAGACCCUGGGUCAGCCAUCAUUACAAUGUCAACAGCUGCUACACCAAACAUAAUGAGCAUCCUCAGAAGAGAAUAAUAUGGCUCCAUUGAUCGUAAAGGAUCUUGCAUUGCACAGGACCAAAUUGCCCUUUAUUUCUGAAAGUUUGAUCGGAAAAACUGAAAGCUUCACUGCUGCAAAACUGAAAGUUUCAAAAAGCUCCUAGGUGUCCAAAACAGUGUGGCGGUAGAAGAGAUUUGAACAGCAGAAAGAUCUUCUACAUACUCAAGGUUUUAUGUAGGUGUUAAACAACAUCUGAGACAAUAUGGAGCCCUGAGGGACACCAUACAAAAUUCCAGAUUUUGAAGAAUAACAGUCUCCAGGAGAUACCAUCUGGAAUCUGCCCGUAAGACACAAAUGCCUCCUGGAGCCUGUGCAGAUGCAUUUAAAGCAGAAUUUGGCACAAAGGAGGGGAAUUAAUGAAGCUAGACAAUGCAGGAGGACUUACAUGAGAUGAAGAAAGAGGACAUACAUUUCAACAUGGACAAUAUACAAACUCUUCAGUGUUUGGACCCUGACAUGAAAUCAGACCACCUUGCUUCCCCUAGAUUCAAUGAAGAACUCAGGACACAGCUUGCCCAGUUUGGAUAUGGGCCACCCUUCAACAUACAUAAUUUCCAUGGAUCCUUGGAGGGAGGAUCUCGUAAACGUAAAAGCAUGCCCACAAAAAUGCCUUCUGCUGUCCCUUCAGGAGAGUCUGCAUCCCCACUGCACCAGUCUGAGGACAGCAGCACUGGCAGUUCUACAAGCCUUCCUUUAAUAUUCCAGCAUCACACACAGCCAAAGUAUAAUGCGCACAUGAUUGACCUGUGCAACAUUGGCUUUCAAUUCUAUAGGACUCUGGAACAUUUUGGAGCAAAGCCAAUCAAGGAAGAGCCAAUAAAGCCUAAUGUGUUGUGGCCGGGUACAGCUACAUUUCUGCAGACUCCCUAUCCAUACUAUCCCAAAGUUCACCCAAGUCUGAUGUUUCCUUUUAUUAUGCCCCCAGAUUUUCAUUUCAGAAGCCCUUUCCCAUUGAAAAGGCCUCCAGAGCCACCCUUCAGGAGGGCUGAGUUAGGAGAACAAGACGAAAGUAAACAGAAGGUGGAAAGAGUGGAUGUUAACAUCCAGAUUGAUGACAGCUAUUACGUUGAUGUAGGAGGGGAGCAAAAACGCUGGCAGUGUCCUAUGUGUGAAAAGUCUUACACAUCCAAGUACAACCUGGUCACCCACAUUUUGGGGCACAGUGGCAUCAAGCCACAUGCUUGCUCUCGGUGUGGCAAGCUUUUCAAGCAGCUGAGUCACUUGCACACUCAUAUGCUGACCCACCAGGGCACCCGGCCUCAUAAGUGCCAGGUGUGUCACAAAGCCUUCACCCAAACCAGCCACCUGAAGCGGCACAUGAUGCAACACAGCGACGUCAAACCCUAUAGCUGCCGGAUCUGUGGGAGGGGUUUUGCCUAUCCCAGUGAGCUGAAAGCCCAUGAGUCCAAGCACGAGAAUGGGCGGGAGAAUGUUUGUAUCGAGUGUGGCCUUGACUUCCCAACCUUGGCUCAGCUGAAGAGGCACUUAACAACCCAUCGCGGCCCUAUACAGUACAACUGCACAGAGUGUGACAAAACCUUCCAGUACCCAAGCCAGCUGCAAAAUCACAUGAUGAAGCACAAGGACAUCCGCCCAUACAUCUGUACGGAAUGCGGCAUGGAGUUUGUGCAACCCCACCACCUCAAGCAGCAUUCCUUGACUCAUAAGGGUGUGAAAGAGCACAAGUGUGGGAUCUGUGGCCGGGAGUUCACACUACUUGCCAAUAUGAAAAGACACGUUUUGAUUCACACCAACAUCAGAGCCUACCAAUGCCACUUAUGCUUCAAGAGCUUUGUGCAGAAACAGACUCUCAAAGCCCAUAUGAUUGUCCAUUCAGAUGUCAAGCCCUUCAAAUGUAAGCUGUGCGGAAAGGAAUUUAAUCGAAUGCAUAAUUUAAUGGGACACAUGCACUUGCAUUCAGACAGCAAGCCAUUCAAAUGCCUCUACUGUCCCAGCAAAUUCACCUUGAAGGGGAACCUCACCAGACACAUGAAAGUCAAACAUGGAGUCAUGGAAAGAGCAUUUCGUUCUCAAGGGCUUGGAAGAGAAAGAAUGAGAGCAUCACAAACAGAUGCCCCAAGAAGCCUGGAACAGGAAGAACCCUUUGACCUUUCCCAAAAAAGCCAAGGGAAAGGACAUUUAUUUCAGUCUGAUGGCGAGAGUGCCAAAGGAAGCUCAUGUCAUGAGGAAGAGGAAGACCACUGCUAUGGGGCAGAGCAGUACAGUCCCAGUACGUAUCACGCUGACAAGUCGUACACACUGUCGGACCUUUCUGGCCAAUCAGAACACAAAAUGAAAGACUUCAGAGAGUCCUACUGUGAUGGGAAUGAGAAAAUGCUGAACGGAGAACAAAAGAAGAGGAAAGAAAACAAAGGGAAGGGAAGCCAACGAGAGAGAGGCUUGGUGAAUAACAAGGAGGAACACCUGAGCUUUAGCCCCUUUGAAAAUAACAGACUCACUCAGUCUCUCUCUGACUACCUAUACUUCCCACACAGAAACAAGAGUUUAAAGGAACUGCUGGAAAGGAAAAUGGAAAAGCAAGCUGUGUUCCUGGGUAUCUAAACAGACACAUCUUGAUUUACUCUUAUGAAAGAGAAAAGUAGUGUUUAUUGCCUUAGCACAGAGGUUCUCAAAUUUGGGCCUCAGAUGUUGCUGGACUACAACUCCUAUCAGCCCAAUGUGAGGCAAUGUGUUGCAAAGGCCAUUGUGGCUGGAGAUGAUGGGAACUGUAAUCAGGACCCAGGUUUGAGAACUCCUGCUUAGCAUUUUAACUCAAAGGAACUGUCAUUUGCACAGACUGGCAGUGGAUAGAAAGAGGAUGAAUGCAAAUCAGCACAAAUAAUUUAAGACAAACAAAAGGUUGUAGCUUUAUAGUCACCUAUCACUGAACUGUUCUUUAUUUCUUCCUAUUUUUAUACAAUAAUAUCAUAGAUAUUAAACUAUUCUAUCAACCAGGAGUUCCUACCACAUCUAGGCCUGCCCUCCACACAAAUCUUGCCUGUCAUAAUGAUUAGUAUUUUGCCAAUUAAAAUAAAAGCAGACUAUUGGUGGUGGGGUGGGUGGGGGUGGGGCGGAUUGUAAAUUCUCUAUUUAACAGAGGCUUAUCAUGAUGUAUUGCUCUGUACCUGUAGAAUCUGAGUACAUAUCUGCACUGCAGACUGAAACGGUUUUAGCAAUAAAUCUCUCCCACUAGGGAAUCCUGGAAACUGCAGGUAUGUGAGGGAGGGGUUAAGGAUCUCUCUCAGCAUCCUCGCCAAACUAUAAUUCCCAGUAUUCUUUGGAGGAAACCCUGAUUGUUGACCUGGUAGCAAGCCAAUAUGUUUGUAGUGUACAUAUAAGCCUGAGUGAUUAGCUUAUAUAAGAGAGCCAUUGUCAUAGGUCUGUCAAGAUUAGAAGAAUCCAGAUGGGCAAAUUGUUGCUACAUUCACAUAUAGCACUUACAGCAAUAGCACUUACAUUUAUAUACCGCUCUAUAGCCGGAGCUCUCUAAGCGGUUUACAAUUUUUUAGCAUAUUGCCCCCAACGUUCUGGGUACUCAUUUUACCGACCUCGGAAGGAUGGAAGGCUGAGUCAACCUUGAGCCCCUGGUCAGGAUCGAACUUGUAACCUUCUGGUUACAGGGCGGCAGUUUUUUUACCACUGCGCCACCAGGGGCUCAUAUAGCAAAACAGCCUGGUAUGAGCCAUGAAUGAUGCACUAACUAAAUCUCAUACAGUCAUGCCAUAAUAGCCCCCUGUUCAUAUUGGAAGGUGGUGACCACAAAAGGAUGACCUCAUCAGAUUAACAAAAGCAAAUAUCGAUUUCCUCCAAAGAAUUCAGGAAAUUAUAGUUUGCAAAAGGUGCUGAGAGACCUCCUUACCCUCCCCUCCCCCAUCCCCAUGGAAGGUCUGGAGUCAGGUGUGUGGUUAUCACUGGGCAGGCAGAGGGGGACUAAUGUCCUCUGGCUGCUGCCUGAGGCUGCCCCACCAUGCCAGGGCAGCCAGUGGCCAACAGAAACACCGCCUGUUGGCCUCUCUCAGCCAGCAAGUGCUUUGCUCAUGCACUCACCAGCUGGGAUGCAAUGAUGGGUGGCGUGUCUGUGCGCCAUAGCCGGCCAUGCCCCCCUAGUGUGAUGCAUCAGAAGCAUGUUGACCCAUCACAUCAGGAGGUGUGACCAGCCACAGGAUACAGAUGCACUCUCUGCACAGGCAGCAGCAUGCUGCUUUUGCAAGGUUUGCUAGAAUUGGCACUGAUGCUGUACAGACUAAUCCGAAAGCAUUUGGGUGAAGUUGAGGCAAAAUGGUGCAUUUCAUAUCAGAGCCUGGAUCCAAGUGACCUUAGGAGUCCUUGAUGAGUUGUGCCAGCCAACAACCUUGAAGUCCUUACUUGAAAGGGAUAGCCAAAGCAACUCGUGCCCCAAUUUUGGGCAUGACUGUCCUACAAACAUAUAUUGAUUUAUACCACUUUUAGCUGUCAUGGCUUCUGGUAAAUGAUCCUGAAAGCUGUAGCUGGGUGAGGAGAGUGAGCGAGCGAGAAAGAUCCCUAGACCACUUUUGCUAGAACAAUGAUUCUCAGCCUAGGGAAUAGCUAUUCAACCAGGCUGUUGUGUAGAUGUCCCACAGAAAAAUCCAUGCUCUUGCUGCUGUAAUCACUGAAAUCCCAUUCCUCCUGCCUAGCAGAGGUUGAGCACUGUUAGUUUUCAUGGUGCUGACCACCCAUUGCAAGGGAUACAGGAAAGCUUGGACUGAGCCUCCAUCAUCCACCCCCACACUUGCUGCCCUGCACAGCAACUAUGGAAUUUUUGCACCAAUAUGCAGGCAAUGCAAGAAUUCCACAUUCACGUUUCCUAGUGCUGGAUAUGAGAGAUUCUGCCCUCCUCAUGGCAGUCUUUUAUUUGUGAGAUGGGGAGGAUGGAUGCUUGGAUACCUGCUUCCAGAUUACCUUCACGGCAUCAAGGUGCUGCAUAUUUAAACUCCAUAUUUGGCAUCCAUCUCCUACCGCCUGCUUUGAUUACUUUUUAUCUUACAAUCUUCUAAAGGACUAAUUGUGCCAAAUAUACUAGUAGCCUCAAGGUUGACUGGUGAAGCAAGACCCUCUCAUGAAGCAGAACCAGCUGUGCUAACCCCGUGUCCUAGCCAACUCUGUGCUAGCCAACACUGGUCUGGUUGUCCCAUAGCUUCCAAACCAUGCUUGGGUGGAUGACAGCCCCAUCAGGAUCUGACUGCUGUGCUGACUCAUGCAGUGGCAGUCCAAGACCUCUUUGCACCUAAGGCAGCAGGGUACCAAGUUAUACUUCCUCACCCCCUUUCCUUUUUUUUUCAAGUAGUGGCAAUAGUCUCUGCCACCACUUGAUUUUGUGUCAUGGAUGCAUUCACACACACUAUCUAUCACCUCUGCUGCCUCCUUUUCCUUUGUGGUGGCGAUAGCCACUGCCAUGUGACACAUAAUGCAUACUCACACACCUCUUCUCCCUUGUUUUCUUCUGGACUGAUAAUAAGAAGGGGGAGUAAGCAGAAGAAAGGACAGUCGAGUAUGGGAUAUGUUCUUAUAGAGCUUCUCCCGUAUUCUAAUGCCCUUGCCUCAUUUCCUCUUCUGCUUCCUCCCCUCCUCUUCAUCAGUCCAACAGCAUGUGAGAGUGAAAAGGAGAUGGUGGCGGCCAUGGCUGUCCUUAGAGAGCCCUGGCGGGGUAUGGGGCCCAGGGCAAAUCAGCCAGUGUGGGGGCCCCUUCUAGUUAAUUCUAAUGGGGGUUAAAAGAGCGGGGCCCGGGGCAGUCGCCCUGCUUGCCAUGCCCUAAGGACAGCCCUAGUGGCAGCAGUGAGAACAAGAGGAGUGUCUCUUUGCCAAACAGCAAAAAGCUGCCUGGAUGAGGGGUGGCAACAGAGUGAGGGAGGUGGGGCAGUGGAGGGCAUCUUGACACCCUGCUGGUGCCCCAAUAAUUUGCCACUUGAGGCAACAUGCUCAUCAUGCCUCAUGGAAGGGCCGCCCCUGGGCAUAUCUGAAAUCAGGUUUAGAGCCUUGUACACAGUGGCAGCGGGUGGAAACUGGGGCGGGGUGGGGUGGGUGGGGGACGAAAGGCUGAGUAUAUCUUUGAUGGCAGUAAAUGCUCCUGCUGUGGCCACCCAGCAUCCUAAGUGGAAACAGGCUACUUGCCCUGCCCCCAUCACUCCAAUGCAUUUGUGCAGAAGUCAUUGGAGAGGUCAGUAUGGCAAUAACCUGCCGUGCUGACCUCUCAUAUGGCCACCAUGCAAGUGCACCCACUACCUGAGUGUCGGGGGUGGGGUGGGUGGCUUUUUGUCCACCUGGGAUGCUGGGCGGGCGGGAGCAUUUACCCUGCUAUUAAAGGUAUACUCAGCCUUGUUCCCACCCACCCCCACCCACCUUCCACCAGCCACUGCUUCUUAUAUGUUAUGAUUAACGCUGACAGAGGGUGAAGACAUCAAUGUAGGUUUCUGGUGCAAUAUUUGCAAAAGUCAUUUGAUGGACCGUUAUAAGAUCGAGCCACUAGUAUCUCAUUCUUAAACAUUUGUCCGCUGAUUGACAGCCAAUUACAGUGUAUCAGUAAUUGUUGGGUAUCCAAGCAGUGGUUAUAGUUUGUUUUGCAGAGCAGACUAUUUUCACAAACCGUCCUUUACCUUCUUUUUCCUUAGCACAGGAAGAGGAGGUGAAUGAUGUAUUGGAUCAGGGCUCCAGUUUGUACUACCACAAAGAAGUCGAUCAUGAAGUCUCACUAAAGGCUUGGAGUUGUGGAAUCGUCUGUCUCAAGUACGAAUAGAUGAUCAAUCACUGAUGCAGUGGGCUUAAAAAUUACAAGUGGGUACUUGCAUUUAGCAGUUCUGAAGCAAAACAACAACAACUCCAUACUUUGUUUUUAGAUUAUGUACUCAUGUGUUUUAGUUGGCAUCAUUUUAGAAGAGGCCUUCCCACAUGUGCAAGAGAUAAUGCCUCUUUUAAGAUGUUUGUCACCUGUAGGUUUCACAACUACUACUUGGAAUAAAAAUUAUAUAAUGAUCAAAUUUUAAAACAAUUAACCCUUUAUUUUAUAAAGCACUUGAGCCCUGCUUGAUUUUCCUUUUGGUUGCCAUUUGUCCCAGCUCCUGAUGAAAGAGAUGAGAAUGAGAUUAUGUGAAGGGGCAAGUUGCUAGGAGGUGAAAAGCUUAUUAACUCUGUGGUAUGGAAGAAGAGAAUGUCAAAUCCCUUUAUUGCUCAGGUCAAAGAAACAAGCCUGAACUGAAAGGUGAUGGGAUCUAAUAUGGGGUCUUGUCAUGUCACAUGUUCAAGCCUAUUGGCUCAGGAGAAGGGCUACAGUUCCCCGCAAAACAUUGGAAGAUUUCCCACCCAUUUUAUUUAACCCUGCCAAACCUAUUAACCCACAUCUUUAACCCCCAAAACAUAUUUUCUCCCUGCAAAAAUUGUCUUUCCACCCUGCACAAAAUUUAAGUUAGGCAUAGCAUGCCCUCUGUCUGCACUCCCAGAGAUUCUGCAAUGCCUGGCUCAACUUCUAGCAAUUUCCUCAUUGAUUAUUUCCUCAAUGGUGGCUCUCAAAUCUGAGCCACCAAGAAUGAUUAGCUCACAAAAGAGAAAAUUCCUCAUUUGUCCUAUUGCAACCUGAUCCUCUUCAUGUUUACUGGGAAGUAAGUCACACUGAGUACCAGUAGGAUUUACUCUGAAAUAGGAUUGCAUACUGUAGUCUGCAAGGUCAGGAACUCCACUGAGAUCUAUGCCAACUGCAGGAAUUCAUAUAAUUUAUGGCAGAUCUGUAAACUUCUGAUCUCAAAGGUGAGACAGCUACAGAAAGUACCUGGCCGCCUGCUUAGCUUGCACAUUCCCUAUGUCCCAAUGGCUCUGAGUCCUAUAGGCCUAACUGUAUUAUAACAGGGAUGGCUUAGUGGAGGCCCAGGCUGCCAUUUUAUAUGACCCCCAAACUUACCAAAACUUGAAGUUUGAUUAAAAGUAUACAUACAGUUUCACUAAGAAAAAAAUAUUUAAAAGGUUGUGUGAAGGACAUUGCAUUUAUUAAUGUUACAUCUCUGUUGGAUUUUGCAUGGCAAUGCCCAAGUUCAUAGUUAUGGAACCCUCACUGCUAGAUAGCACCAACCUUUGUAGGGCUAGGCAGCUCAUGAAGGGGUCAGAGUGUAUGUGACUGACCCUCAGAAGUCUGUCCAGAGAGCAGUAGCCUCUGAGAAUAAAGGUAUUAGCUAUCCUUCGUCAACUAUACGCUUAUACCAUCUUCACUUACCACACCCCUGCUAACUGGAUCAUUUUAAAGUGAUAGCUCCCUUAUACUGUACCUAGCAGGGAGAGAUCAACUGUCCCUAUUCAACCACAGCACAGCAUCCUUUCAGUGGCUGUUUGCUGGUGUGCUUCUUUUUAGAUUGAGUGUCCCUCUAGAACUCGGAACUGUGCUCUCAUUCCAUUGUCUAUGUCAACUGCUUUGAGAAGUGAUUUUGCUGAAAAGUGGUAUAUAAGUAUUCUAAUAAUAAAUAGUAACCUUCAUAUCAUUACGCCCAGAGACGUAGGUUUUGGGCGGUAUACAAAUGUUAAAUAAAUAAAAUAAGAGAAGAGAAAUAAAUAUCUGCCCCACAGGGACUCCCAGGGAUUGUAGUGUGUAGGCUUGUGAGUGAAUUUGUACUUUCUAACAUCUCCCACACAAAACUGUAGUGUCCUCAGUAUUCUUUGUGGGAAGCCAUGAUUGUUGAAACUUUUUGAAGUCUGUAAUGUAUGGCCUUAAAGAUGAUCUGAAGGACUCGGCAGAAUCAGGAGGCAGCACAGGGGUUCUGGGAAGCCAAGUAGAAUUCCACAAGGUACUGCAAAGCAGAGCGGAUAAGUGAAAAAUGCAAAGGGAAUAUUGAUCACAACUCAUGAUGAAAGGAUGUGGUUAGGAGAACAAAGGAUAUCAGUAACAUGAUGAUCAAUUAACAAAUGAGACUUGCUGUACAGAGCUGACUCAGGAGAUCUCCGUUGCAUUUGGAGACUGUAGGCUGGCCCUCCUGUGCCCACGGCAAACUACUGCACAACAGAAAGGUUGCCCUCUGGCUAUCUGAAGCUUAUAAAAAUCUUCUUGGGAUCUCCAAGAAUAGGUCUUUGAUUAUAAUUUAAAAUUUUCAGAAUGAUGAAUGUGCUCUGCAUGGUAUUAUUUCAUGCUUAUAUUUUAAUAGAUUAUUUCUAAGAUAGUUUCCUAAAAGGUCAGGUGGUUUUCUGUUGCUACCUACAACUUUUUCUUUUUCUCUGCACUGAUUUAAGACCUUGGCAUUGAUUCUCCAUUUGUUUCCAUCGUGUUGCUGCAUUUGAAUAUAAAUGGUGCAAAUCAGAAAUCUAUGUAGUGGACAGAAUCAAUAUUAUGUUAGUUAUGAAUAAGUCCCAUUGAAAUAGUGGGACUUAAGUUUGUCAUAACUAACUUGUCUCAUUUAUGACAAUGGUGCUUAGUGAUGACUAAUUUAGUCUGGAUACUGCCAUAUGUAAUUUUAAAAUAAAAUAUUUAUUGUGCCAAAAAGAGUAUUUAAUAAAAUCUUGCAAGGUGUUCAGUUACACAUUGUGCCUGCUUAGCUGAAUAACAGGUAACAGAGUUAACAAUUUGUAUUCUUAUAUCCAUGUAUCAAGUUGUGGGUUGUUGUUUUUUUUAAAUAAGCACAAUAAAAUAAAAUAAAAAAUUACUUGUGGAAUCCAAGUCAAGUUCCAAUAUAUUUUUGACAGCCAACGUAACUCAUCCAAAAAUUACUUGUAAAUAUAUUGUGUUAGUUAAUUUAAACAAAAUAAAGAUAUACUGAAGACA